ACUUCUAUCCCAGUCUCACCAUCAUAUCCACGCCGUAUCAACGUUGUCAGGUGGUUGUUCCGUGUACCGUGCAAAUAUCCCAUUCAUUCAUUCAAGUCAACCACUUCAUUGCCGACUAUUUGUCCGACCGUCUUACUCUUCUUCUUAAGGUAUCAUUCCGUUCCCCUCAAAGAUGACCGAGUGUGCUAGUUAUGUAUUUGUUGCACAACCCCCAGUUACUGAAACGGGCAAAAUUAUUUUUGGAAAAAACUCUAAUCGUCCUGAACAUGAAGUACAAGAAGUCGUCUAUGUUCCAGCCAAAGAACAUAAGACAGGAGAGAAACUGAGGUGCAGCCUUAUAGAGAUUGACCAGUCCUCCCACACAAAUGGUGUGGUACUGAGCAAAGCAGCAUGGAUGUGGGGGGCUGAGAUGGGAGCUAAUGAAUAUGGAGUAUGUAUUGGCAGUUCCAUAGUCUACAGCAGACUGGAAGAGAAACUGGGGGAAGAGGAAAAGUUGCUGGCAGCUGAUUUACUCAGGUUGACAUUAGAACGCAGCAAAUGUUCUCGUGAAGCUGUCGAUGUCCUUACAUCUCUGCUGACCACACAUGGUCAAAGUGGCCCCUACAGUGAAAUACCUACCUUCACACAUUCCUGUAAACACUGCUAUAGUUUCCUCAUAACAGAUGGUUCUGAAGUCUGGGUGGUUGAAACGGUCGGAAAUGGUUCUUUCUGGGCAGCUGCGAAAGUCACAGCUGGAUUGUAUAGUAUACACGGCCACCUCACCAUCUCUGAUAACUUCUCUCUCUCAUCAGAGAAUCUAAUUGCUAAAGUCAGUGAAGCAGGACUUUAUCAAGAAUCUGAUGGACCAUUUAAUUUUGCAAAAGUAUUUACACCUGAUAAUGCACCUGCAAUUGAUGCAGAAAUUUCUAAAGCAGAGGAGCUGAUCGUUGCAGAACCCUUAAAUCCUCGAAAUUCUUUCAAACAUCUUCGAAAAGAUGCCAUAGGCAUCAAUAUAUCAAGAGACCAAUUUGUCACGGCCAGCAGCCAGAUAUCUCUGCUUUGUCCACAAGAAGGGGCCAGUAGUUUCAGUGGCUCUUGCCACUGGUUUACUGCCACACCAAAUCCAAAGACAAGUAUUUUCAAACCAUUUAUAUUUUCUUCUGAAAGCCAGGAAGUGGAUCUCCCCAGUAUAUCUCCGUCUUAUGGGGACGAUGAUCCUGCCCAUCAGAAACCCCGUUUCCAGAAAGAAGUUGAUCGUAAACACAAACUUUAUAAAAGUCACAUGAAAUUGAAAUCUUUGCUUGCAAGUGGGGGGCCACUGGCACAGCAAAAGACUGACAUGCUUCAAAUGUUAGAAGAAACAUGCCUUCAAGACAUGGAGGACACAUUGAACCAAUUCCAUGCUUUAAACCCCAAAAAACUUGCAAGUGCUUUCUCUCAUGUUGCACAGCUUGAAAUGAAUUUCCUUUAGAAAAAAAAAAUGGUAAUGCUGUCUGUCGAUGUAAUUGCUGAUAAUGGACCAAAUAAUAGAAUUAAAAUGUUAACUUGUUAAAAAUCAUGUGACAGUCUUUGAUGAUGGAGCUAUGGAAUGCUUUCCUAAAAUAUUUUAGCAUCUCUACCUGUUUUUAGUGGCUGUGAAUUAAACUAGGAAAGAUAUUUGAAACA